UCAUCUACGUCAAAGUUUCGAUAUAAUAAUAUAUCAACAAUGGAGGUAAACAAUUUGUUGUGCACAUUUAAGUGUUUACGAGCAUUAUCAUUGUGUCUCUAUGGAUUAUUAGCUGUGUUACCUGAUUCUGUUGGAAAUUUGAAACAUCUUCGCUAUUUGAAUCUUAAUGGCACCGAAAUCAAAGGCUUGCCUGAUUCUGUGUGUGGUUUGUAUAAUCUGCAAACCUUGUUAUUGAGGAAUUGUUAUUGCCUCAAAGAGUUGCCAACCAACAUGGGAAGACUUGUAAACUUACGUCACCUAGAUAUAAGAGGGACCGAUUUGAAAGGGAUGCCAAUACACAUGGGUAAAUUGAGAAGUCUCCAAAAUUUAAGUACUUUUUAUGUGGGAAAAGGAGAACGUAGUGGGAGUAACAUUAAAGAGUUGGGAGAGCUUCCACAUCUUUCUGGAUCGUUGUGUAUAUCAAAAUUGGAAAACGUUUAUCAAACAAGAGAUGCAAAGGAGGUUAAUUUGAAGGAUAAGAAGGGCUUGUCAGAGUUGGAGUUGAAAUGGGAAAGAGAUCAUGAGAACUAUGAUUCAGAACGUGAAAGAGAUGUGCUUGAGCAGUUGUGUCCUCAUACGAACUUGAAAUCUCUCUCCAUCAUAUUUUAUUAUGGUGCAGAAUAUCCAAGUUGGUUAGGAGCAUGUUCAUUCUCUAAUAUGGUGUCCCUAAAGCUUAAAGAUUGUAGAUACUGUUCCUCCUUGCCUCCACUUGGGCAGUUAACUGCCCUUAAGGAACUCUCAAUUGAAGGUUUGAAUGGAGUAUCAUGUGUGGAUAGUGAGUUCUACGGGGAUGGCUCUUGUGCAACUAAUAAGCCAUUCAAAUCCCUAGAAAAAUUAACAUUUAGAAGGAUGCUAGGGUGGAAGGAAUGGUUUAUAUUUGAAGGUGAAGAUGAAGGCGGAGUUUUCCCAACCCUCCGAGAGCUUCGCAUUAUCGAAUGUCCCAAGCUUACAGGAAAUCUGCCCAGUUUACUUCCUUCUUUAAGUGUAAUUGAAAUUGAAGAUUGCCCCCAACUUGUUGCUUCACUUCCUAGUCCUUCGGCUCUCCAUGAAUUGGCCUUGACGAAUUGUGAUGAGGUGGUGUUGAAGGAAUUAUCACCUAAGCUACAAAGUCUUGGAAUUGGAGGAUGCCACGUGACUCUCCUUGAGGGUGGUCUACACACUACUUUAAAAACACUUCAUAUCAAUGGAGUACUUCAGUUGCCUGGGAGUCAUUACUAUCCAUCAAUUGAGAGCUUGAAGGUAAAUAAAGGUCCUGGUUCACUUUGGUCUUUACCAUUAGAGUUUUUCCCAAAACUCAAAUCUAUCGAAAUUUCGAAUUCUGAUAAUCUUGAAUCUCUUUCGGCAUCAGAUAAAUCUCUCUUGGAUCUAACUUCUCUCACUAAAUUGACCAUCUAUGAGUGCCCUAAUUUUGUAUCCUUUCCCAGCGGGGGAUUGUGCGCCCCAAAUUUGACAGAGAUUUCUAUUUCUCACUGUGAAAAGUUAAAGUCACUUGCUGAAGGUAUGCACACCCUCCUCCCAUCUCUUCUAUAUUUGGAGUUGAGGGACUGUCCAGAACUGGAAUCAUUUCCUGAAGGGGGUUUGCCCUCCAAUUUACAAAUACUUCAAAUCGGUCUCUGCGACAAACUCUUUCUCAGACGCAUGGAGUGGGGUUUACAGAGUCUUCACUCUCUCAGAGAAAUUAUUAUUCGGUAUUACGCCAGAGAAGUGGGUUCCUUUCCGGAGGAGGCGUUGUUGCCCCCUUCUCUUAUCCGCCUCAGCAUUACAUUUCCACAUCUGACAUCACUCAAUGGUAGGGGGUUUCAACACCUUACCUUGCUUAAACAGUUGGAGAUUUGGUGCUGCAAUAACCUCCAGCGCUUACCAGAAGAGGGCUUUCCCGCCUCCCUUUCAUUUCUAGAUAUUUGGGAUUGCACUUUGCUAAAAAAGCGGUAUCGGAGAAAGAAUGGAAAAGAAUGGCGCAAAAUUUCUCAUAUACCCAUCAUAAUGAUUGACAAUGAAGUCAUCACAUAAGCUAAUGAGUCCAGAAGAACUACUGCCCAGUGUCAUUUUCAGUUGUUUCGGCUUUUUUGAGAGAUGAUGAGAACAAAUUAAUGAGAAAUGGGGGUAAUGGGAGCUCAAUUGGGAAAGGGAAUGGAAAUGGUGGUGUGAUGGGGAGAGGGAAAGUGAGGGCUGAAUCGGUUAUUGAAGCAGCAACACUUGCUGCUAAUGGACAGCCAUUUGAGGUUGUUUACUAUCCUCGUGCCAGCACGCCGGAGUUUUGUGUGAAGGCUGCGAUGGUUAAAGCAGCAUUUCAGAUCCGGUGGUGUUCGGGAAUGAGGUUCAAGAUGCCUUUUGAAACCGAGGAUUCAUCACGGAUAUGUUGGUUCAUGGGAACCAUUUCUUCUGUUCAGGUUGCUGAUCCCAUUUGCUGGCCUGAUUCACCUUGGAGGCUUCUACAGGUAAGACACUGGGGCAGUUCAAAGCUAGUGCUGCUUCAAUACCUGCUAAUAGCAGUUGAAACUCACUGCUCAUGUCUGGACAGGGACUUGCUUAGACUCUCUCUUUUUGAGUUUUGGGAAGUUUUGGUGAACGGGAAGAUGUUAAAGUCCUCUCCAAAGGACAGGUUGCUGCUUUUGGUUCUUUGUUCUCUUUCAAACUUAAGACAGCUCAAAAGGCUCAGCACAUGACCACUCUUGUAGAGACAAUGGUGUCAGAGGCAGAGGGAGAGAACUGAUCUAAGUCUGGGAAGGUGCUUUUACAUGACAAAUCAAGUCCGAUCAGCACACUCAUGUCAUUACCAGCAAUUAUUAAUAUGCUUUUUAAAGAUAGAGAUGCUCUGUGGUUCUUAGGUUUUCAGACACAAAAUGUGCGAAUGUUGAGGCCUCAGACAAUAGUAUACAAAACCAAGUAAACCUCCUGCAAUCCAAAACUUCCAGAUGGCGAAAUUACAUCCAAUGAGCUGCAAUGAUAUGUCCUGCUAGCAUGUUCUGUUUACUUCAUGUUUUGACUGUAUAUCUGUAGGUGUAAUGUAGUGAAAUAAAGAAUGAUGCCUCAUAGCUCCAAUUUCAGCUCCUCGAUUUGACUGAAAACAAAUCUUUUAUGAAUUUAUAGAUAUCAAUUGUGGCCACAAAUUCAUGAUGCCUUUAGAACUUCCUCAUUUUUCAUCUCUUUUUCUAUCUUCUAUGAACUCUCUGAGAAUGUAGCUGGAAUCUGCUGAGAAGACAUGGAAGAGUUAUCGAAGUAAAAAGAUUGGUGCAAGAUUGCUCACAUCCUUGCAUACAUAUGGUAUGGAUGAUGAAGUAAUUACAUGAGCUAAAAUCACAAUGUGAUCCACACCCCUGUUUUAUAGUCAGGAUUGGCUGAGGAAUGGUGCAACAAUCACUUUCUGCCUUGAGCUCAAGUACAUGUUAACCGAAGAGAUGGGCUGCCUCACUGAGGAUUGAUGAGUAGUCUCCUUUGUUGAAGGAACAGUGUUGUGAUGAGAAGAGGGGAAAUGAAUGCCUAAGAAUGUUCACUCCCCCAUCAUAUUAAUCAAUGGUGAUCAUAUGAAACCGAAACUGUAGACAAAGUCCUCAUCACCUGUUUUCUUCAUUCACAUGCAGCAACAUAAUAUUACAGUUUGAAAUAACAUUUUAUUGAUCAGUCCUAGGAAGAGGCAUUAAUGUGGUCCAUUGCAGAAUAAGCUUGUUCGUUAUUUAGGGAUGAAACAAUGAUUGUGGCAGACAAAGUGUAGACAAGUAUUUAACUUGGCACCCGUACAGAUUGACACCCUUCACAAAAUAUAGUUUAGGUGGAACUUUUUAACUUGGCACCCUGGGAAUUUCAAACGAUUAAUAGUAUGUUCUGACUUUCAUUUUUCGCUACUACUGAAUUAAGCAUUUGAUUGACCAUAGAUAAUCCUUGGUUUUUUGGUGAAUUUUAUGGAUUUAUUAGCUCACUACCAGCAAUUUCUAUUCAAAUUUUAAAAUGUUCACAAGAUAUGCAUGAGGAGGUAGGGAUGGCUAUAUUUUUGGGAGCGAACUUCGACGAAUAUUAAGUGCAUGGAUACAAGUUAUGCCUUGGAAUGAAAGACAAUUCUAAAUCCGCUUUGAUUGUUAUUAUUUUCUUUACUUUUCUUUCUUAAUUUAUUUUCAAGUGGUGCUGCACUAUUCUACAUGUUUUUCAAACAACGAUAUGAUGUAAAUAGCCGAAUGAGAUUUCAGUUUGUGAUUUUGAAAAUUAUUACCUUGUUUUUAAAUUCCGGGGUGACUGCAACCAACCUACCCAACCUCCCUCCACACGGACCUCACCCAAUACUUCUUUUGCAGGUUGGCCCUGAGGGCUUGUGUUUACUUUUUUUUUCCAGACAAGACUCCCAAUAGCAAUGGCAAGAAUGACCACAGGUGGUCCUCAUUUUUAGCACUGAAAUGUGAUUAAAAGAACAAGUCCUUCAAGCCAAUCAAGACUUCUUGUUUGCUUAGUGAGAGAAGUGAGGUUAGGAAAUUCAGGAGAAAAAGUAUUGUUAGAGUAUUAACAGUGGCAGCACUCCAAAGCCAACCAGAACUGUGGUCAGAUUCUGAUGCAAGUUUCCUUAACAAAUUGGGGCUUUGGACAAUGAUGUUAUUAUUUGAUCCCAACAGGACUCAUUAUCGACAUGGUAUGAUCCGAAUGCUCAAUGUGAAUACCAUAUGCAAGGAAGGGGACAUUGGACUUAUGAUUGCUAUUACCUUAAACAUAAGAUUCAGGACCUCAUCAACCAGGACCUCCGGAGUGCAUAUGUUAGUCUCAUCAGUCGUUUGGAAAGAGGGGUUGAAAAGUUGUUGCAAGACCACUUACACAUUAUCAGAGACAAUGACGCGAUCGAUAUUGAGAGCUAUGGCCAGCUAACCCUAUCUCCAAUAGCUCUUGACAUUCACAAAACUGUAGGCUGGCGACAUCAAUUGAAUGUUACACAAUCGGCUAUGGCCAACUAACCCUACACAAUUGAAUAGAUUUGGUUUUGCAGACCCACUACGUGCAUGGAGUAUAUUGCUGUUGCACAACCAAGUUGUUUAUCAAAUACAGAAUUUCAUUUUACGGCCAGGGAGGGGAAAAUUGUAUAUUUCAUAUACCUAGUUUUAAAUCCAGUUUAUAUCACCAGAUGCAACAAUUUGACUGUGAUGGGCUUGCAAAGACUUUAUUUGACAUUUUGAAAUUGGUGGUGGACGUGAAGAUGUGAAGUCAUCUCCUGGGGACAGAGAGCUAUUUUUGGUUUUUCUCUUCCACUCCAGAUGGCUCCGAAGGCAUAUUGUUGCUGCCCUCACUAGUAGAAGCUUCCCAAUUCCCUUUUGUACGUCAAGAACUUUAUAUUGUCCUAUGCCGAUGCCAUGGUGCUUGAAAUAGAGAAAGAUGGAAAAUCUGGCUACUAGCACAAAAUUGCUCAAGUCUUGUUCCUUGAAGGAUUAAAGUCAAUCUUGAGGCUCUCCCAUAUCAGUACCAGACUAAUAGGUUUUCCCCCAACAAAAAGGUUUCAAACAAAAAUGUGGAACACAUUUGCGGUUUCUAACAACAGUAUACUAGGCAAUUGCUCCACAUGAUCCAAUUUACUCGCAUGGGUUGAUAUGGCUUCUUUAAAAAAUAUCCCUUGAUGCUAUCAUGUAUUCAGCUUAUUUCUAGUACUAAUUAAGUUCCAUAUGGUAUCUAUAUUGUGCUCAUCUAUGAUGAUUGGCAGUCGUCUUGUAAGUUAGCUUCAUAGGCUUCUUUUAGUUUUUAAUAAAGCAUAGGAAUGCCUAAUGUUUCCUUCAAAAUUAAUACAAGUUCUAGAUUUAAAAAUACUAUUGAUGUCACUGCUAUAGAGAAGUGCCAAUUUGCUUAGUGAAUUGAAUUUCAA